AUGGUUGAGUCUGGCGAUGCUAUGCCCCUGAAUGAGGUCCUCUCAGGUCGAACGGUGGUCAUUUUCGUCGGCCAAGACAAGGUCAAAUGGACUCUCCCCGAGAACCUACUCUGCAAACACAAUGACUUCUUCAAGAAAGCCCUCCGCGGUCCUUUUAUGGAGAAGGACGCCGUGAUCAAUCUUCCCGACGACGACCCCAACGCAUUUGGCCUGUUUGUUCAAUGGAUCUACGCUCUUACCCUGAAAUCUGUUGAGCCGGAGUCCAUCUUCUCCGACUCUGCCCCAUCGGCAGUGGCAUUCACCUGGAUAUUCGCGGACAAGUACAAUGACCGGGCCCUGCAAGAUGCCGCAAUCACGAAGCUUCAUGCGCUGAGCCAAACCCGUUUGUGGACCGAGUACCUGUAUGUGGAAGAGGUGAAUCACGUCUUCGAACACACUCAAGAGUCUGCUCCUAUUCGCACACUGAUUGCUAGAUGGAUCGCUUGGAACUCCUUUGUUGGCACCAAUAAGAUGGAGGAACUGAACGCAUGGGAAACCAUUUUGAGGGCUGGCAAUCAAGCAUGGGGAGAAAUACUUUGA